AAUUGACUAACUAAAAUAACAUAAUUUUAUUUAAAAUAAAUCAUGCAUUUUGAUUACAAUAUAAAUAACAUAAUAAUUAAAAACAAAAUAUUAAUAAAUUAUUAUAAUAUAUUUACUUUAUAAAUUUUUAUAUCCGUGCAUGAGCAAGGUAAAAUCACCUAGUGGAGAAUUAAAAUUACAAGCAGCUUAGAAGAUUCCGUUUGAUAUUGAGGCUCUUUCCAUUUGCAAGGUCCAUGACUAGCCGAAAAAAUACACAUUGGUGUAGUACAUGCAGACGAGGAAUCCGUCUUCUCCUUGAAGGCUCAAGAGGAGGGGUUUGCAUUUACUGUGGUAACACUUCUCAUGAACGGCUCUAUGAAAAUGUUGAACUUAGCCCUUUUGAUUUUUUCGGAGUAUCCAAUGAACAAUCUCUUAACCGUCCCGGAAACAACAGAAGAUUGAUUCUUGAAAACCAAUCGAGUUUUCAAGAAUUGUUUAACCGGUUCUCAGCACAAAACCGCCGUGGUCCACCUCCAGCUUCACUAACCGUGAUUAACUCAAUGCCAAAGGUCAAGAUUAGGAAGAAACAUCUCGGUUUGGAUCCGUCUUGUCCGGUUUGCCAAGACCGGUUUAAAGUCGGAUCGGUUGCAAGAAAGUUGCCGUGUAAACAUAUCUACCAUUCGGAAUGUAUAAUUCCCUGGCUAAUACAGCGUAAUACUUGUCCAGUGUGUCGCAAAGAGCUGCCACAAUACCGGAAUAAUGGCGGGAAGAAUCCUUUGUUUUAUCUCUGGCCGUUUAGCUCCUCUGGUUCGGCCUCAAACACCAGCGGAUCACCUUUUCAUUGAGAUGCUUGUAUAUUUGUGUCUCAGUCCCUAAGGCUCCAAUCCAUGAAAUAUAUAACUUCUUCUGAUAAACUGUUGGUUUGAAAAAAAUUAUAUGUUGAUGUACAAAAGGGAUUUGGAUGAUAGUACGAUUUGUAUUUAUAUCGAAUGUAUAAUAUAAUUAUUGUUUUGAAUCAA